AUGGCAGAGCAGAGGAAACAGACACAGGUCUCCAUUAUGGCAUCCCGAUCUAUCUCUGCCGCCCCGGUACAGCAGGAAGCAAAAAGGUCUUCCCUGCCAACACACAUUGCCAAAUUCAUUCUUCACCAAUGGCUCAUCAUUGGCUUUGGCCUGGCAUGUCUGCUCGCCUACCUUUUUCCCGAGGUCGCAAAGCACGGUGGCAUCAUCAAGGCUGAGUAUUCUAUCCUCUACGGCGCCGUCGCCUUCAUCUUCCUGAUGAGCGGCCUUUCCAUUGCCAAGGACAAACUGCUCAAACACGUCCUGAAUUACCGCCUGCACGUGAAAACACAGGCCGUUUCAUUUCUGAUGAUUCCGGCCAUCAUGUGCGGACUGGUGCGCCUGAUCGAUGUCACGGACCACGCCGGAAAGAUCGACAGGGCCGUUUUGGCAGGGUAUAUCGUGCUGUCUUGCCUGCCGACGACGAUUGCGUCGAAUGUGGUGAUGACUCGAGCUGCAGGCGGCGAUGAGGCGGCUGCGUUGCUUGAGGUGUUUUUGGCGAAUGUCUUGGGCCCCUUUAUCACGCCUGGUUGGGCCGUGACAUUGAUGCCCAGGACGACGGCCUUUGAAGUUUGGCAGGAGUCAAAUAAGGACUUGAAGGGUAUGUAUGAGAGCGUGUUUAAAAGGUUAGGACUGAGUGUGUUCCUACCUCUGGUUGUGGGGCAGGCGGUUCGAUGGCUGUGGGCAGAGAAAACUGUAUGGGCGAUGCAGAAGCUCCAUCUGGCAAAGCUGAGUACCGUAUGUUUGAUUUUGGUGAUUUGGGCUAGUUUCUCAACCUGCUUCUCAACCGGCGCCCUCAAAUCACUCAGUAGCCAAACGCUCAUUUUCAUCAUGCUGCUGAACGUAAGCUUUUACAUCACUCUCACAGGCAUCAGUUUCCUAAUCGCACAUCCGCCCUCCGCUCUCGUACCCCGUCAGAAACGCCCAAGCACCGCCAUGCUAGCGACAACAACGUCAACAACAGCAAAGCUAAAAUCCCUCCCACAUGCACUCCUCGCCUGCCUCAUUAACCAAAGCCCUCCAGUUGAAACCAUCGCUAUCUGCUUCUGCGGCCCAGCAAAGACCACCAGUCUUGGCAUCCCUAUGGUCUAUGCCAUGUACCCUACGGUAGAUCUGCUCCUUGUUGCCAAGUUAACCGUGCCGGUCAUCCUAUAUACGACGGAGCAAGUAUUCUGUGCCCAUUUCAUGGUGCGGAUUUUUAAGUGGUGGGGGAAGAAAAGGGAGGCUGAGUGGAAAGAAAAGGAGAGGGGUGAGGCGCUAGCUGGUUGCGACCUGGAGCGCGUGAGUCCAAACUUGAAAACCGGGAGUGAGACUAGUGGGAUAAUACGUGGAGAGCGGAAUGGGGUUAAUGCUGAUGCUGAGCGUGGCGAAGAGCAAUUGAAGGAAAUUGGGUAG